UGAUUUCCCAAAAUGACGUCACAAAAUGGUCGACGCGGUCGCUCAGUAUAAAAACUAAAAAUUAAGGCAAAGGUUGGUUGUCCAAAAGGCUGAUUCUGCCAGAAAUUGUUUCAUUCGCGUCGGGACAACGCGGUGGCUGGUUCGGUUAAAUGCUAUUUGAUUUGUGUACACAGUGACUGGUAGUUAAGGAAACUCGAGAUGGUUUACCCUGUUGUACUUAAGUUUAUGAAAAUGUUGGAGUCUACGUGUCCUGUUUUACUGAAAUUAAUGUGUUUAUCGCUGCUGGUGUGCUCGGUGCAGGGCCUGCAGCUGGACAGCCAGGCCUCCACACGAAGGCCGAGGGUCACGAAGUACAGCAGAACGACCGUCGCUCCGGGAGGCACGACGGAGGCGGUGACAGAACGGAGUUUGUCAACAGCUACAUAUCGCCUGCAGGGCAGCGGCGGGGAGACAUGCAUCCUGCUCACAGUAGACGCGCUUAUAGAUAUCUCUUAUCUUACGAAGCUGAACGAGCGAGCGGACGCGAACACAUUCGUGCCGAACAACGCGAACGUGGGGGGCGUGUGCAAGGAGGGGGACGCCGAGCAGCUCGUCAUCUCCUUUAAGGACUUCACACUCGAAUUUUCGUUCGCUAAGACACCAGGCGGUGAGCGUUGGUAUUCCGGCAACAUCAAACUGAGCUACAACUCCAGUGCCAGGAUUUUAGAACACGCUGCCAAGCAAGGCCGACGGGUCGUUCUGACAACUAACUAUCGAAAUCUUCUGUUUCCUACUCCAGUCGGAAAAUCAUUCUUCUGUCCUGAGGAAACGGUUAUAGAACUCACUGAGGAUGAAACUAGUCCUGCGACGGCCCACAAAGCCAAGCUGUACCUCCGCCAAAUGCGUCUCCAAGCCUUCAUGUUCAAACGCGAUGGCGAAUUCGGUCCCCCCUGGCACUGUUCGGAUUCGGCCCGAGCGCGCUCCGAGACCGCUCCCGUCGCCGUUGGCGCUGCGCUCGCGAUAGCCACCGCUGGUACCCUGGUCUGUUACGCUAUCUGGCGCUAUUUGAAGGUCAAGAAGGUACAAUAUGACACGAUGGAGUGAAGAGGCUAGGUGCGUUCUGGACGUUUUUGUUGCUGCUUUUUUAUUAUCGAUAGCUAGGUGAAACGAUGCAAAAAGUUUAACAAGUUUAAGGGUUUUUUGACAGGAGUUUUUUCACUAACUGACCGGAGAUGUCAAUCGCUCUUUCAUAUGAGCUUGAUAUUUCAUCGUCAAUCUAAGGCAAACCUAAGUUUUUGAAAACCCUUAUUGGUGGAUUUACAUCUUUAGUUGUUAUGAUGACUUGCUUUUUGUGUUUGAUGUUGUAUAAUUGCUAGCAAAAUGAUGGAACUUUAGGUAAGUGUUUGGAAACGGUUCUAAUGGUAUGUUUAACUUCGUUAAACGAGUUAAAAGGAGGAGUUACUUUUUAAUCUCACACUUUAUUUUUUGAUGCGUGUGUGAUAUUUUACGAUUUAAUACUUUUUGUGGCCGUAGUUUUUUGUGGAAGAAGUUCAGAACGCAUUGUAUGUAAGCUAAGCUAGUGAGAUCUCAAAACUAAUUAUGCCAAUGUCGAUACCUUUUUAGAGCGGUAGACCAAAUUGAUGUCAAUUUGACGUUUGACAAGUUGUCAGAUUUGACGUACGCAAGUGAGAUAAGUAAAUAUAUGGUUCGCAUGGCUACCAACGCUAAGCGCAAAUUCAUUGUUGCCAUAUCAUAAUUUAAUUACACGUUAAAGUUGGUAGGCCUGUAUUUUAAAUAAGAAUUUGAAAUGUCCAUAUCAUACAUGCGAUAUAAUUUCCUUAGCGCAGUUCCUCUAGUGAUGUGAAAUGAAAUAUCGAUUUUACUAAAUCGUUUUUGACCCAUUUUUUUUUGUAAACAAAAUUAAAAGCGAGGGCGUCUAAGGAUGAUAUUAUAAUUAAAAGAUUUUCAUCUACAUAUAAUAGUAUAAUGGACGAAAAAUGAACUAAAAAGGCAGUACGUCUGCGAGAAAGUUAGUAAUAGUUAUUUAAAAAUGUUGUUGACGGUUGAUUAUUAAUGUAAAAAAUAUUUAAUCCCCAUCCUAUAUAACCCCAAAGUUCCCAUAGGUUAGAUCCUUUUAUUUACAAAAAAAAGAACUAAGAAAAUUGGCUUACACUCAUUGGAAUUAUAAUUUAGAGUCAAUUUACUUGAGGACUAUAAUUAGUGCAUCAUAAUCAUUAUAAUAGGUACAUAUCACAUGAUAAUAAUUAUAUAAUUUAGCGUUCAUUGUAAUUAUAUGGAGAAUAUAUGAUAUAUAAUUUGUUUGCGGUAGCGGACACUAUAACGAGUACGUGUACAAGCAAUAAGUACGUUUUUAUUAUGCCCGUCGUAUGACACAUGGCUGAAUCGAUGUUGUAUUGUGCGCAAAACUUGGGGUUACUAGUGUCGCAUAUCGUAUUUUAGAGUUAAGGUUAUGUACUUCAGGGGCCUGAAUCAAUUUCAUCAGUGUGACAAGAGUAUACUAAAAAUCUGUAACUUUUUAUCAAGAAUCUAAAAAAAUGCAUAUCAGUGCUGGUAACAAUUAUAAUAUGUUUCUAGGACAGUGAUUUUCUUGACUUACAUGCUCACAGUUUUUGUAUACUACUUGGUGAACAAGAUAUGUAACGAACACCAUAAUUUAUGAAUGCCUGAAACUUAAAUGUGGUCCUUUAGAAUAAGCAUUUAGCAUAUCACAGCAGCAAUCACAGCAGCAGCUUAGGAUAUCACAGAUUGAGUUCGGAUUCAAAAUGCAAGAGUAUCACUGUAAUAUUUAUAUUACAAAGACCUGGAAUUUGAAUAUAUUUACGCACAGCGUUUAUGAAGACCUCGAAAACUAAAUGGCAAACUUUAAAAAGUUAAACGUGGCCAUUACCAGCCUUGAUGAGUUAAAAACAGCUUUGUCACUCAGUUUUCGUAAGGAAAUAAUUUUAUAUAAUGAACUGCUUCUUUAUAUGUUUUUCCUCUCAGCAUAACCACUCAAUUGCUUUUGGUAACUGUAGUUACCAGCUGGCAACGUUUUUCUUUGAAAUAAUAAAUUACGAUGAUAUUUUUCUUGGAUCCCUGGACCUGCUGUUAUAAUUUUGUUCAAUAUAAUUUUAUUUUGUACGUGCUUUAUCUAUUUAAGAUUGAAUUGAUUAUAAAACUAACGUGUCUACUUUAUAUAAUUGACUAAAAUAUACAAACAUACGUAUAUAGUUUUGACAAAAAUGUAUCAUUUUUGUCUUAUAUUUACUUCGUAACAUUGAACCCCAUACUUCCAGUAUACCUCUGCAAAGUAGCAUCGCUUUUUUGUACAACUGUAUUUAUUACGAGGCAUACAGGCUCUAACAAUUAUACUUUAUAUUAUAUCUUAUUUGUAAUAUUAUACUCAAAAGUAUUUAUAAGCAAAAGAGAAAUAACUAGUAUUAAAGACCAGAUACCGGAAUUUUCGUGGCAUUUUUGAAUUGCCAUAGUGACUUCUAAAUUAUCGACAUCCGAUAUACCUACAUAUAUCGAUACAAUGUAGAACACGACAUAUUAAAGAAGAUUAAAAGUAGAGGUAAUCAACUGACGGUUUUAUGAUUAAAGAGCGAGCUCUUCCAGAUAUCUUUUGAGUACAAAACAAUGAAAACUUAAUACUUAACAAUGUCACAUUUAAUUCAUGUUAAAGUCUGUUUUAGUGCUAACUAGCGACCCGCUCAGGCUUCGCACGGGUUACACAAAACCUUAACAAGUUAUACAUGUAAACCUUCCUCAAGAAUCAUUCUAUUGAUAGGUGAAAACUGCAUGAAAAUCCGUUCAGGGGUUUUUGAGUUUAUCGCGAACAGACCGACAGACGGGGCGGGUGUCUUUGUUUUAUUAGGUGUAGUGACAAGUGUUCAUAUUUUUCAGUCAAAUAUCCAUUAAUUUUUUAAUAUGUUGUGUUCUAUAUUGUAUCAAUAUAUUGUAUAUCGGAAUUCGAUAAAUGAAAGGUUAUUACGACAUUUCAAAAGUGCCACGAAAAUUCCGGCCUCUGUUAAAGACACUAGUGGCCAAGUUUUGUUAGUUAAGCGCUAUGUGUUAAAGCUUGAAUCUAAUGGCUAUUGUUUAUCGUAACCUAAUACUCAUCAAUUACUAUUAUACAUAUCGUUUAAUAUAAGUUAAUGUAACAUGCGUUUUGUGAUCACUGUCGUGUAAGUUUGUAUCUUGUUUGUAUGCAUCUAGGGUUGCAUUUAGCUUAAGUUAGAUAUAUAGUCACUCAGUCUUGCUUGCUGUACAUAGGGAGAGCUUUCGUUUCGCCGAAUACAGAAUUACACUUUUAUAUUUAAUCUACUUGGAUUUUUCGAUAUAUUUAUACAUACAGGCAUGAUGCUUUUUUCGUCUAAUGUAAAUAUUUCUUCUCUCGUAAGCCACUUUUCGAAUUUUUCGAUUUGAAUCGCACUAUGGUUUGUAUUUCAAAUUAUCAUUUUAAGAAACUCUGAAUAUUUCUGAAACAUUUUCUAGUAGAAAGAUAUUCUAUUUUCCUAAUGGUUUUGUAUGGGACUCCUGUAGUUUCUUUCCUCAAUAGUUUGAUAGCAUUACGAAGGUAUCGGUGCAUUUGUAUUUAAAAAAUAAUGUUGUACUAAAAAUAUUAUAUGCCAUACGAUUUGUCUUCCAGUAACAUUGAUCUUAACAAUAGCGUAAAGUAUUGUAGCUUAUUAUACAUAUACAUAAUUAUGGUCAUAAUCAAAGGUGGUGGUGUUAUGGUAGAUUGCUAAGAUAGGACGGAGCAAGACUUAAGUGCCAUUUACAUCCACACUUUAUCAGGCCUGAAAUCAGGCCCGAAUUCGAGCCCGAGCAAGGGUAUUUUUCCGUUUCACCAAACAUUAGCACAUCGUUUACAAUACUUGAAAUGUAAAAAAUUCAUAUGCAAAAAUAUCAAACAUUUAACAUUUUUGGUAAUUAGAGACAAAGUAUUUUUUACAUUUCGAAUAUUGUUAACGAUGUUCUGAUAUUCCGUGAAACGGAAAACGAUCAUCAGACCCAAAAUUGGGACUGAUUUGAAGUGUAGAUGUGAUUGGCGCUUCAUUGACUUUAGUCGUGUCUAAAUACUCUAAAUUAUAAGAAGUGUAAUAAACUCAAAACACCAAUUACAGAUAUUUUGGUAAAAGCAUAACAUUCACCACUAAAUAAUAUCUAAGUGACAUAUCUCAAAUUAUUGUAAUUUAGUGCGUUCAUUUAUUGAAUUGUCUUUAUGAAUAAAUGACGUCGAAAUUA